UCAGUUGCUUCUCAGCCGCGCCGCUGAGUGUUACGUGCUGUGCGUUUCGCGGUGUGACAAGUGGGAAUUUCAUUAAUUCAGUUUUUGGCGCAUUCACUAUGCACAACAAAUCGCUGCUGAUCAUCGCACUCUGUCUGUUCUACGUCGCCGGUCUCCGUCCGACGUUGGCGGCGGUAAUCGGGCGGGCGGAGGAAGCGGAGGGGAAUAAAACAGCGUGGGAGCUGACGGAAGCCCUAUAUGGUUCUUCAGGGCUCCGGAGUUUCAAUGGCACCUGGAUAACAGAUGAGGAGUUCUAUUACACCGCCACCGACAGAUCCAUCCACAAGUUCAACGCUGCCACUAAAACGGACGUGAUUUUUCAAAACUCCUCAUUUCUGAACAACUAUGUGGGAGCCACCUUUUCGCUCUCGCCAGAUAACACGAAGAUCCUGAUCCGACACAACCUCACGGAGAAGUUUAGACACUCGUACAUUGCCCAGUACGACGUGUUCGAUAUCGAGAGCAACACGACCGUACAAAUCCACAAUGGCGAAAAGCUGCAGUACUGCGGAUGGUCGCCGCAGCGGGAUCGUUUGGCUUACGUCUACCUCAACAAUGUGUUCAUCCACUUCAGCGAGAAAGUGGAGAUCGGCAUCACGGACGACGGGGUGGACGGAGUGGUAUACAAUGGAGUGCCCGACUGGGUCUACGAAGAGGAGGUCCUGAGCAGUGGUAGUGCCUUGUGGUGGUCGGCGGACGGCACCAAGCUGGCGGUGGGCUUCUUUGACGACACCGAGGUAGAGACCUUCAACUACUUCCUGUACGGCGACGGGGACACCACUUACUAUCAGUAUCCCCACGAAGAGCACCUCAAGUACCCCAAAUCGGGCUCCAAAAACCCGCUAGUGAGUUUGCGGAUUUAUGACGUGACCGACAACGAUCCAACUAUGCAGCGCAUCGUGGCGCCCGUUGAUGUUGUCGGAAGCGAUCACAUCCUGCAGAACGUUGUCUGGUCCAAUGAGACGCACCUGCUCAUCACCUGGAUGAAUCGGCGUCAGAACCUCGCCUCCAUUCAGAGCUGCAGCUACCAAGGCGUCUGCGCGGAGGUGAAGAGGCUGGAGGAGCCGCUCGGCUGGGUGGAUCUCAGCACGCCCAAGUGCCUCAGCACCGGCAAGAGUUGCAUUUUCGGAUACUUUAUAGACAACUGGCACCAGGUGUGGAACUUGGACCUGGAGACCGGACUCAACAGUUGGCCGUCGCGAGGUAACUUCACUGUUUUGAACGUCUAUGGAUACGAUGAAGCGAGAGACAAACUUUACUACCAGGCCACUCAGCCCGGAGAUCCCUCUGUGUACCAUGUGUUCAGCAACGACGAGUGCCUGAGCUGCACUCAAAUCGAUGCGGACGGCGUGGCGUGUCGCUCUGCUUCGGCCACCUUUAGCAAGUCCUUUUCCUACUACACGCUCUCAUGCAACGGGCCCAAUCCGAGCUACACGCGGAUCUUCGAGGCCACCACAAAAACGCUUCAGGUCGACUGGGAGCCAAACACAGAUUACCGCAAAAAGGUGGAGGCGAAGCUGCGUCCUUCCUAUCGUUUUCUGAAUGUCACCCUGGCCGAUGGCACCAAUGGAAUAGCCAAACUAGCCCUUCCGCCCAACUUCGAUGAGGCAAAGAAGUACCCGCUGAUCGUGGUUGUGUACCAGGGACCCAACUCGGUGCGAGUAACCAACGGGUUUACCUUGGGCUACGAGGCGUUUGUCACGACCUCCAGGGAGACGAUCUACGCCUAUAUUGACGGCCGAGGUACGGGCAACAAGGGCAAGGACCUGCUCUUCUCAGUCAACAAUGAUCUGGGCGAUCACGAGGUCGAGGAUCAACUAUUCGUCACUCGUUGGAUGCAACUGAAUCUGCCCUACGUGGAUGCCGAUCGCUGUGGCAUUUGGGGAUGGAGCUACGGUGGUUACAUGACGGCUAAGACCAUCGAAAAGGAUAACGAUCGGAUCUUCCAGUGCGGAGUGUCAGUGGCUCCAGUCACUUCAUGGCUAUACUAUGAUACUAUUUAUACCGAACGUUAUAUGGGUCUACCAACAGAGGAUGAUAACUUAGGGAAAUACAACGAAAGCAGUGUGUUCCUGAAUGUGGAAAACUUCAAAACACAUGAUUUCCUGUUGAUUCACGGAUCCGGAGACGACAAUGUUCACUACCAGCAUUCUCUAUUGCUGGCCAAAUUGCUGCAAAGACAUGAUAUUCAGUUCGAAGAGCAGACUUAUACCGAUGAGAACCAUUCAAUCGGCAAUGCGCUGCCUCAUUUGUAUCAUACCAUCGAUGCCUUCUGGAUAAACUGCCUUAACCUAGAUGUCUACGAAGACUCUGAACAGUAAAUCAAUCUAGUCAAACACAAGUAUUUGAAAAUAGUGCUUUUGUAUUUUUAUAUCCAAACUCUGUUAAAUGUUUUAUAAAAAAUAACAAGAAAAUAAAUAAAAUCUUAGGCAAGCCGAAGGUUAUAUAACCCUGCAGCUAUAA